UGAUUCUUUGACUUUAAUGCUCAACGUUUGAAUUUGAGUUGACUCUGAUCUUCAUGGGCCUCGCCUUUCUGGCCCAAGCGUCCCCAAACCGACUUGCCCGCUUCUUUCACACCGAACUCGUGUCUCAGUGCAGCCACUUCGAAUUCUCGAGGUGGUGACAACCACCUCGACCGUUCCUUCGGCUCAUGGGUCCAAUGGGCUUUAUCCCUUAUGGGCCAUUAUCUUGACUACGUGGCAAUCUUUGGUUGGUCUCGGACUUCUGGUGCGGGAUCCGACACCAACAAUGACUUGCAGCCCAUUAUGCACACUUUACAUUAAAUUGUUUUCUAUAUAUAGAUAUACACAUACAAAUUCUCCGGUUAACGUAAGAAUACUGAUCAUUUAUCAUAUUUUCUAGACCUAACUAUGUUCUCGCUCCGUACCCUUCUUGUUAUACUUCUCUUUGCUUUGAUAGCAAUUGUUGGAUCCAUCAACGGGGAACCGGGGUGUGGUGGUUCAUCUCCCACCUGGGAAGACUUGCACGACGAACAAGCGCAACGAAAUUUGGACAAUGCAGACAAGUUUGGUAGGAUCACUCUUGAUUGUGAAACUACUGGUGGUGGAGGCAACGGUGCAAACAACGGUUUCGUGACGAUUAUAGACCUAUCCUUUGGUCUCUUCUUUUUUAUUUUUGUCGCCAUUGGAAUCUGGUUUUUCUGCGUCCGAAGACAAAAGGCCAUCAACGCAGCUAUUGUUAACUCCUCUCCAGGACAAGUGGGAGCUAAAGGGAAGGGCUAUGGAAUGGAUGAGAAGACGAAAACAGUUGCCAUGACCAUGGGUGCUCCAGCAGGAAAGCUUUCAAAUGGUGACACCAAUGUUUGAUACCAAAAAGAAAAAGAAAUGUUUGAUACAAAUAUACAAUAAUUGAACUCGUUCGAUCUGAUAAUCUUUCUCUUGAUUUCUUUCUUUAUUUUUUGUUUUGCUAUAGAUGAUAUGAUGAUCGUCUCUGCUGUUGUCGUCCUUACAUUACACAUAGUUUCAAAAGCUUGUGUAACUAAAUACUUUAUUAUCUUUAAUUUUUUUUUAAUUAGAACUUAUCCAAUAAUUGAAAUAA